UUAUCCGGGCUUGGGACCAGCACUCGGAAUGUACUGGCUGCACACCCCAUGUGGCUGAGUUCUCAAUCUCAAUGGGACUAACCUGGCUAAAUAAAGGUUAAAUUAAAAUUAAACAAUUGCAAAAAAAAUACUUGGAGUUACAGGUCACACUUUCUUAGGAUCUUUUCUUAAAUGAAAGCUCUUGUUGUGACAUUUGUCUCUCCAUUCAAAAAUAUAUCCAACUCCGAUCUGUAGUGACUGUUUACUUUUUAAUUCAUUACUGUUUGCACUGUAUGGUGUAAUUUUUAGUUGUGCCUAUAAUGAAAAAUUAAUAAAGUACCUUAAAGGUUAACGUUUUUGUUAAAACUCAGUACAGAAUAAACAAGCCCAAAAACUCGCGUUUUGGGGCUUUUUUCUAAAAAAAAAAUCUGGCAACAUGGUUGAGCGGACACGGAGAAGGCCGAUUCUGCACGAAGUCUCACGUUACUGGUUUCCUAGCAGCCGGUAAAUUAGGCGUUAGUUUGCAGUUUUUUUUUUCUCUCUUAGGUACGUUUCUUGCUCUCUAGGCUUGCGUAAAACAAAAAUUUAAUGAAAAAAAAUGAUCAAUUUCGAAUUAAUAUCGGACCGCGCAGCUGCUGCAAAUCUGGAGAUGCGUCGGCACAGAGAGACGCAAAGAAAAGAGAGGAUGUUUAACGAGAAAGUCCGAACUAUUGGGAUUGACAAGGAAACACUUGACAUGCAAAUUAAAGAAAAGAAGCAACAAGAAGAGGCAGAAAGAGAGAAACAAAGAGAAUAUGAUGGAGAGAUGCUCCAGAACACUAAAACAGCACAUCUUCUUCACAAACAACAAAUGAACCAAAAGUAUGCCAUGGAGAAGGCCAUCGUUGACUACAGGCAUCAAUACCAGCAGCAUCAGUGUCAACGUGAGAAUGAUGAACUCUGUGGAAAAACAGUCCAAGAUGGUGCAGGUGUGACACUCCCUGGCCUGCUGGGUGAGGACCCAGACCGUCACAUCAGGGAGAAGAAACAGAAGGAGCAGCUCAGAGAGUGGCUCGGCCAGCAGCAGAGGGAGCGAGCAGCAGCAGAGCAUCAACAGAGGCUUGAAGAACAGAACUAUGAGCAGAACAGAAGAGAGAUGGAAAUCAAAGCUCUGCAACAUCACAAUGCCAACAUGGAGAACAGAAAAGCAGCCACUGUUGCAACUAAAGAGUAUAAUUUUGCCAAGUGGGCAAAUACAGAAGAACAGCGUCGCCAUCAGCAACAGCUGACCGAUGACACGUCUGCCCUCAACAUGUCUGGACUACCUGGUCUUUCCCCGAGCAGCGAUAGAAGAGCUCCUGAGGAUCUGCAGCAAAUCAUUCAGUUCCACAAGAUUCAAAUAGAAGAGAAGAAGAAGACAGAAUCACAACAGAAGCAAGAAGAGGAACAAUAUCACCGCAUCUGCAUGGACUCAGCUCGCAGGGCUCUGCUUCUUGAGAGGCAACAGGCAAAACUGCAGAGACAACUGAGACGAGAUGUGGACAGCACCAACACAGAACUGGCCAAAACACGGGAUCAGCAGAGACAGAUGCUUAAACGGGGAUCCGUGGAGGACAGUUUCUUCUCCCAGUUCAACACGUGCAGCAGAUGAUGGCCCUGGACGUUACAUGUCAAGUACCAAUAUGUUUAUGGAAGAACACACAUUAAAUCAAACCAUUUAAGUAAAUAACCAGUUGUGUUCAAUACAGUUUUAGCCUUAUUUUAACUUGUACAUAAUGCUGUCAGUCAAGAUUAGACUAAAGAAAGAAAAACAAAUACGUGAUAAAAAACAAAUAAAAAAUUGUACGAUGUUUAACUCAACUCAAAGUAUUCUGGGAAACUAUUUGUCAUAGUGAAAAACAG